AAUGCGUUGCAGGAUUAUUGGGUUGAAGAUCUUGCAUGCCUGAUACAGUCACACGAGGACCUGUUGGUCAAACGCAUGCAAAACGUGUCUACGUCCGAGGCCACGGUGGAUCAUUCGACUAUGCUUGCCCCGCUAGAUUACAAACCGGAUGCAGAUCUGCUUCACAGUGAUUUGGCUCCCCAAAGCACUUCGGAUUCCGGUCUGGAAUUUCGGACACAGCCGAUUUUCAUGUUCAAAAUGCCCCGUGCACCGCGCGAUUCGCUCAAGUUUAUCCUUACGAAAUGGUACUCCCCAGAAACGAGUUCUCUCAUUGCAGAUUCUAUUUCAGCCUGUUGCACCGAGGCGCAGUUAAAGAAGUUGAUUGCUGGACCUCUACGUGAUAUCAUGCGUUUCGCUGAGAAGCAUUUCAUGGAACUGAAUAUUUAA